AAACAGUUAUAAAUAAAUAAAUUAAAGUACAAUUCUGCUUCUUAAUAGAUACGCAUAUUAUUAAAUAUAGCUCCAAUGGAAAUUAUUUGUUGAUAACAAUGGAACCUCAAGCAAUUGCCUCACAACCUACUGUGCCACUUAGGAUUAAUUUAAACGUCAAUCAAAUUAAGAAAAUCUCAAACGAUUUAUACGAUAUAAAUGCGGUCAAAAUUAAAGAACUGAACGGUUACGACGAUAAAAACUAUUUAAUUUGUCACGAAACGGGUAAACAUUUUGUUUUAAAAAUUAUCAAUACCGUUGAUUCGGAAAAGCCGGAAAUUUUUGAUGCGCAAUCUCUGCUUUUGGUGCAUCUGGGGAACCAUGGAAUACAAUGCCCAAAACCAAUUAAAACCAAAAACGGUAAAUUAUUCGAAAAAUAUAGCCUCAACAGUGGAGACCAUAUAGUCAGACUUCUAAAAUAUAUUGAUGGAACUAUACUAAUGAAAGUACCACAUUGUUCGUCUCUCUUGUACCAAAUCGGCGAAACAACAGCUAGAAUGAACAACGUGAUGAAAAGUUUUAAACACCCAGCUUAUGACAGUUACCAUUCUAUUUGGAUGUUGGAAUCAGUUCCUCACGUAAAUCAAUUCGUGGAUGCUGUUAAAGAUGAAAAGAGAAAACAGCUAGUUCAAACAAUAAUAAAAGAGUUCAUUACACGUAUUUUACCUGUAAAAAAUACACUACAAAAAGGUCUUAUUCAUGGAGACAUCAACGAACAAAACAUCAUUGUUGAUGAAGAAAAAGGAAAUUACCGAAUCAAGGCUAUAAUAGACUAUGGAGACUGCCAUAUUGGAUGUUACUUAUACGAAUUGGCUAUUACCAUGACAUAUAUGAUAAUUCUAGCUAAAGAUAUUGCUGCAGGAAAACAUGUACUAUCAGGCUAUUCUUCAGUAAGAAAAGUUAGUGAUUUGGAAUAUUCUUUACUAAAGUUAUGUAUAGCUGCACGGUUCUGCCAGUCUUUAGUGUUGGGUGCAUACACCUAUCAGCAAGAUCCUAAGAAUACAUACGUUCUUACCACAGCAGAACACGGAUGGCCAUUAUUAGAAAAAUUGUGGGAACAACCUGAUGAGCAAUUAUUAAAAAUUUGGACGACUGAUGAAUUUAAUAAUAAGAAAAUAUGAUUUAUAUAUUAUUAUGAACAAAAAUAUUAUUUCUAAUUUGUUAUAUGAUACGAUUAUCUAAAUAACAUUAUGAUUUCCAUUAA